AUGGCCGAGCCGCGCUUCAACACCGAGCGCCAUGUCAAAUACUACCUGCGAUGUCUCAAGACCUUCCUGCCGACUCUCUAUACCUCCAAUGACUCGAAUCGCAUGCUCCUUGCCUACCUCACCCUUUCCGGUCUCGACGUACUCGGGGUCCUCCACAGCAAAACGACUGCUGAAGAGCGACAAGGGUACAUCGACUGGAUCUACCACUGCCAGGUGCCUUCGGGUGGUUUUCGCGGGUUUCCAGGCACAGAUUUUGGCUUAGAGAGCCGAACAACCGAGAAUGAAGUGUGGGACCCGGCCAAUAUUCCCGCGACGUUUUUUGCCCUGGUCAACUUGCUCAUUCUGGAGGAUGAUCUGGAGCGCGUGAAGCGAAAAGAGUGUCUCCAGUGGCUCCCCAAGGUGCAACGCGCUGACGGGAGUUUUGGCGAAGUGCUCGGUCCAGGUGGGCGAGUGGAGGGUGUCCGCGACCUGCGAUAUUGCUGCUGCGCCGCGGGAACGCGGUAUAUUUUGCGAGGGAAGGCUGGUAAGGGACUGGAGGAUGUGGAGGACAUCGAUGUACCAAAACUGGUUUCGUUUAUUGGGGCGUGUCAGACCUAUGACGGCGGCAUGGCUGAAUCCCCUUUCCGGGAAUCUCAUGGCGGCCACACAUAUUGCGCGAUUAGCUCGCUAGAUUUCCUGAACCGGGUAUCUAACGACGUUAAAUCAGUGCCGCUGCUCUCGUUUGGCUCUAAAGAAAAUGAAGCCUUGCUUGCGUGGCUGGUUUCAAGGCAGACAGCUAAAAUUAGCGAGAGCGAGCUGGACGAAGAUGGGAGCGAUACUCAGGAUGAACAAUCAAUUGACACUAUAGAGGCAGACUCCCGGAUCAGUGCGCUACCGGAUAUUCAAUCUAUAAGCGCUGAUACCAUACUGUACGCCGGCUUCAACGGCCGGUGUAAUAAGAUCGCAGACACUUGCUAUUCAUUCUGGAACGGAGCAACCCUGCGGAUGCUGGACCGGUACUCUUUGAUUGAUGGGGAUAGUAAUCGGCGAUACCUCCUUGAGAAGACACAACAUAUGGUUGGUGGUUUUGGGAAAGGGAUCGGGGAUCCGCCAGAUCUUCUCCAUUCAUACUUUGGCAUGGUGUCGUUGGCUUUUCAGGGUGAGGCCGGGCUAAGCCAGGUCGAUCCCACGGUGGUGACUAGCAAGCGGACGGUGCAGCACCUAGAGUCACUGCCGUGGUGGCAAUGA